UCCGUCACCCCAGAGCCUCCGUCACCUUGUGCUGCAUCGUCUGAAUGGAACCAUGGAAACGUCCAAUGGAGUUUUGACUCAACAUGUCCAGGAACUAUGAGCCUGGUCACUCCGUAGGGAUGUUGGCUGCGGUGGAACAUGGUCCCAUCCUCUGCAGCGACUCCAACAUCCUGUGCCUGUCCUGGAAGGGACGCGUCCCCAAGAGCGAGAAGGACAAGCCGGUGUGCCGGAGACGCUACUACGAGGAGGGCUGGCUGGCCACGGGCAAUGGGAGGGGCGUGGUGGGCGUGACCUUCACCUCCAGCCACUGCCGGAGGGACCGCAGCACGCCGCAGAGGAUCAACUUCAACCUGCGAGGACACAACAGCGAGGUGGUGCUGGUGCGCUGGAAUGAGCCCUUCCAGAAGCUGGCCACCUGCGACAUGGAGGGCGGGAUCUUCGUGUGGAUCCAGUACGAAGGUCGCUGGUCGGUGGAGCUGGUGAACGACCGAGGAGCCCAGGUGAGCGACUUCACCUGGUCCCACGACGGGACUCAGGCGCUGAUCGCCUACCGGGACGGCUUCGUGCUGGUGGGCUCGGUCAGCGGACAGAGACACUGGUCCUCCGAGAUCAACCUGGAGAGCCAGAUCACCUGCGGGAUCUGGACGCCCGACGACCAGCAGGUCCUGUUCGGGACGGCGGACGGUCAGGUCAUCGUCAUGGACUGCCACGGGCGGAUGCUCGCCCACGUCCUCCUGCACGAGUCGGACGGGAUCGUCGGAAUGUCCUGGAACUGUCCCGACUUCCUGGUGGAGGACAGCACGGAGAGCGACACCGACUCCGACGACAGCGUCCUGCCGCUAGCGCGGCGGGUCAAGCCUCUGCUGACCGUCACCUUCCUGUCCGGAGACAUCAGCCUGAUGAGCAACUACGACGACCUUUCACCUGCCGUCAUCCGCUCCGGGCUCAAAGACGUGGAGGCUCAGUGGUGCUCGCAGGGGGACCUGCUGGCCGUGGCCGGCCUGGAGCGACACGCGGCGCCCGACGCCGCCGCCGCCGCCAGGAACGCCCUGGUCAAGUUCUACAACGUCCAGGGAGAACACAUCUACACCCUGGAGACAACGGCACAGAGGGCGAUCAGCCGGCUGUGCUGGGGCCACCGGGACUCGCGGCUGUUCCUGGCGGCGGGCGCGGCGCUGUUCGUGGUGCGGGUGGAGCACCGGGUGGCCAGCCUGCAGCGGCUGUGCCAGCAGGGCAUCGCCAGCGCGCUGCGCGAGGAGAAGGACGUGGGGAAGCUCAACAUGCCGUCGCUGCUCUGCUCCUACGUCACCACCGCCUUCAUCCCCACCAUCAAGCCCCCCAUCCCGGACCCCAACAACAUCCGGGACUUCGUGAGCUACCCGGCCGCCGGGAACGAGCGGCUGCACUGCACCAUGAAGCGGGCGGAGGACGGCCCCGAGGCGGGGGGGCCCUGCUACACCCUGUACCUGGAGUACCUGGGGGGCCUGGUGCCCAUCCUCAAAGGGAGGCGCAUCAGCAAGCUGCGGCCCGAGUUCCUCAUCAUGGACCCCAGAACCGACGGCAAAGCAGACGAGGUGUGUGUGAACCCCAUGGCUUCCUACACCGACAGCUGCAACUGCUCCGACUCCAGCGACCUGGAGCUCAGCGACGACUGGGUGGGCAGGAAGUCCCCCAAGCUGCCCCGAGGGAGCAGGUUCAACAUGGAAUCAAGAAAAUCUCCCAAACUUUCACGGGCCAAUCAGGAAGGUCAAAGGUCGCCACGGUUACCAACCAAGAAGCCUGCAGUCCGGUCGCCGAGUCUGACCCGCCGAGAGUUUUCCAUGGACGGACUGACGGAGCACAACUACCUGGCUAAGGUCACGUCCAACAUCUGGGGGACGAAGUUCAAAAUUGUUGGACUGGCGACUUUCCUCCCCACCAACCUCGGUGCAGUCAUCUAUAAGACCAGUUUGCUUCACUUGCAACCGAGACAGAUGACGAUCUACCUCCCAGAAGUACGAAAGAUUUCCACCGACUUCCUGAGCCUUCCUGUGUUCAACCCCAACGUCUUCAGCGAGGACGAGGACGACCUGCCGGUGAUGGGGCCGUCGGGCGUGGCGGGGGACAACCCUCCCUGUACGGUCAACAUUCCCAUCGCUCCCAUCCACAGCCCGGCUCAGGCCAUGUCGCCCACCCAGAGCAUUGGCCUGGUGCAGUCUCUUCUGGCCAAUCAGAAUAUUCAGCUGGAUGUCCUCACCAACCCGACGGCCACGGCGGCGGCGGCAGUCGCCGCUGCGGCUUCGGCACCCGUCGGCGAUCGUAGCCAGGACCCUGUGGCCACGCCAUAUCCGGUGCCCACCAGAUACUCAAACCCCGGUCAAGUAAUCUUCAACGGGUUGGAAAUGUCCCCUCUUCUCCCGGGCACUCUACCCCCACCACCUCCACCCCACCACCUCCCACCGCAACCCCACCCGCAGCGGCCGCAUCCACAACCGCCUCGGCAGCAGCUGUCCAAACAGUCCCAGCAAAUGCAGACGCAACCGCAGCCGCAGAAGAUUCAUCAUCAUCACCAUCAGACGCAGCAGCAGCAGCAGCAGCAUCACCAGUCGCAGCAGCAUCUGCAACAACAGCAUCUGCAACAACAGCAGCUGCAGCAACAACAACAGCAAAUGCAACAACAACAGCUGCAGCAACAACAGCAGCUCCAACAACAACAACAACAAAUGCAACAACAGCAGCUGCAGCAACAACAACAGCAAAUGCAACAACAGCAGCUGCAACAACAACAGCAACUGCAACAACAGCAGCAGCAGCUGCAACAGCAGCUGCAGCAGCUGCACCAUCAGCAGGCACUGCACCAACAGCAGCAGCAGCAACACCAACAAAUGCAACAAACACAAGUCACGAGCCAACAACUCCAGCACCAACAGCAGAUUCAGCAGCAGCAGCAGCAGAUGCAGCUGCAGCACGAGCAGAUGCAGCAGCAGCAGCAGCAGAUGCAGCAGCAGCAGCAGCAGAUUCGGCAGCAGAUCCAGGAGAUGCGGCAGCAGCAGCAGCAGCUGCAGCAGCAGCACCAGCAGAUCCAGCAGCAACAUCAGCAGAUGCAGAGGCAGCACCAGCAGAUGCAGCAGCAGCUGAAGAUGCAGAUGUCGCUGCCUCCUCCGCCGACAGGCUACCCGACCAUCGCCCUGCAGCAGCUCCACCUUCUGCCUCAGAUUCCCCCCCCCGGCACCGAGCCCGGGAUCGACCGGGGGGACCACGGACACACCGUCAAGCCGAGUCUGCCCCGGACUUUGCCACCAUCCUUCAGUGACGCGGAAGGGUCCGUGGAGAUUCAGAUGCGGAAGGUGAAUCCUCCUCCUCCAUAUCCGGGCACUGUGGCGUCUGCAGUGGCGGCAGCGGCGGUCACGGCCGCCACGACUCCCCAAACUGUCACGAACUGUGACAGCCCGAGUGUCUUGGCCCCGGACCCCUGCCUCAAGAAGGAUGAGUUCCUGCUUCACCCGGUCACCUUGCAGUACCCCACGCCUCUGGGCUAUGAACGGAUCACCACCUUCGACAGCAGUGGGAAUGUGGAGGAGGUCUGCCGGCCCCGCAGGCGCCUCAUUCGCAGCCAGAAUGCGUACGCAGUUCACGGCAUCGGCGGAUCGGCCACACUCAAAGUCACUUCCUCAGAGAAUAAGAAAAUCCAACUUCCGUACAGCUCGGCCACAUUAAGCCGACUGUCUGUCCCACGGUACUCCAUACCCAGCGGAGACCCGCCUCCUUACCCCGAUCCUGCCAAUCAGGGAACUGCGACGCUUCCUCCUCCACAGAGAGUGGACAACAGUCUGAUUCACGCCACCCUGCGCCGUGACCGGAGGGAUGUGGGGCUGAAAGUGCCACAGAUGAUGGAGAGCUCCAGAACCCUUCCAACCAAAGCUAAAAUGAACAGCGCACUGGGACUUUCCUACCAGCAGAGGGUGCCCUCUGCGCUCUACACAUGCACUCAGUGCAGCAGCAACAGCAGCAGCACCAGUGUGAGUGUGAGCGGUGGGGGGACCACCAGCAGUGGCAUCGCAGGGGGCACCGUGGUGAGGCAGGACUUCCCGCCGGGGAAGGGAGCCCAUCAUAGCACCAUCAUCGUUCACUCCAAAGGCGCCUCCGCCCUGGCCUCCCAGUCUUCCUACAGCCUGCUGGGCACGGUGGAUAACAGUCGGGACCGAACGGUGUACGUGAACUCUGCUUUUACUGAAGACGAGACGUUGAGCCAGCAGUGCCACCUGGAGAAGUCUGUGCGGCAGCUGACUCUGGGCGACGUCGGCCUGACCGUGAAGCGCCCUCCACCCUACCAGUGGGACCCCUCCACCACGGAGGAGUUCUGGCUCACCCCCGAACAAACAGUGCUAGCUGGCCCGCCGGGACCCCACAAGCCCCCGAUCAUCAUCAGCCAGGCUCAGCACCUGGACGUGACCCGGCUUCCCUUCGUGCUCACGACUAAACCUCCGACCAGUCCGAGCACCGGCGCUCUGGCCUUUCCGUCGGGCUACCAGAUAUCCCUGUCGCCUUUCCCUCCCAGUAUGGGUCACAGCGGACCCCCGCUUCAGACUUUACAGAGCCCCCCACCACAGUGUUCCCCCAGUGAGGUGGUCGGUCCCGUCCCCUUUGCUCAGCAGGACCCGAAUCUGGUUUUGCCACCAGGCUACCCUCCUAAUCUAACUAACAUCACUUGCUGCCCGCUCCCCCCGCUCUACCCGGGGGCGAGCUCCUGUUCUGGACUCCAGCUCCAUCCUGUCAGUCUUCACCCCUGGAACCCUUACCCCUGCCCCCCUCCCCUGCGACCCCCAGCACCUCCGCUCCCCACUAAAACUCACCAGAUUUUGGAAAAACCAAUCCUUUCCCCACCUCCUCCAACUGUUCCGCCCCCACCACCACCUCUCCCCCCUCCUCCUCCGCCCACUGAGUUGCCACCAUCCAACAGUGCCACAGAAGAUCUAGCAGAGUCCGCCAACAACUUUCCCGAGCCUUCAUCCCUGAACGAGAGCCCCGUCCCACAGGAGUCGGAGCGCUUCAGCAAGAAGAGCCGGAAGCGACUGGACAGCAGGGCCGAGGAGGCCAACAUGACCACGGUCUCCGAGGGCAAGUCCCGAAAGGACGGACGGGCCCUGUCCGACUUCAACACCCUCAUCUCCAGCCCCAGGCUGAGCGGCAGGGACAAGAAGAAGCCCAAGGGACAGAGAGAGCAGCUCAACAAAACCAAGAAGAUGAGCAGGACCACCAACGAGUUCCAGGACAGCUCGGAGAGCGAGCCGGAACUGUUCAUCAGCGGCGACGAGCUCAUGAACCAGAACCAGAGCGGAAAGAAGAGCUGGAAGAACAAGCGCAGUCUGCGCAUGGCCAGCGAGCUGGAGGAGAUCAAGUGCCGCAAGGCCAGCGAGCGCGAGGACCGCAGCCUGGGCAGCCAGGGCUUCGUCUACGUGAUGGCCAACAAGCAGCCGCUCUGGAACGAGGCCACGCAGGUCUACCAGCUGGACUUCGGAGGCCGAGUCACCCAAGAGUCCGCCAAGAACUUCCAGAUCGAACUGGACGGCAGACAGGUGAGCCGCGCCCGACACCGGGACCCUCCUGCAGCCCACAAGGAGUUCUGUAGCCUGAAAAGAAACCCCGUUCUGCUCCAGGAAGUCCACCGGACGGUCCAGGAAGUCCCCCGGACGGUGGACUUACUGGACCUCACAGAAAGAAGGUCUGAAGGGUCUGAAAGGUCAAAGAAGGACGACUGA